AUGACAUACCAGACUGGCCUCAAACCACCGGGUGGCCUAUGGCAGGACAGCAAUGAUGGGCACUAUGCUGGCAACCCCAUUCUCCGUGACAUCAACAAGGAACGGUACAAUGCUUUCUUCUACAGCAACUCCGCUUCCUUCAUGGCCUCAAUUGUGGUUGUCGUCAUGCUCCUUCCACUGACGUUGUUGCCCGAGAAAUACACAAUCAAGUCAUCCGAGGAAGACACAAAGCUGUCCAAGAAAGACACAAAGUCACCCAACGAAGACACCAAGUUGCUCGACAAAGUCACGAAGUUGCCCAAGGAAGACACGAAAUUGCCCAACGAAGAGCCAAAGUUGGCCCAGGAAGACCCGAAGUCGUCCAACAAAGACCUGAAGUCACCCAAUGAAGACAUGAAGCCACCCGAUGGAGACCUGCAGUCGCCCGAAAAAGACACAUGGCCACUCUGGCCGAUGCAUACGGCCAUCUUGCUGGACAUGAUGGGCCUCCGGGUGGCGUACGCAGCAGGCAGUACUAGGAAAUGGGAAACAUCCAGAAACGUCAUGGUCCUCAUCGUCCCUGUGUUGGCCUACAUUGGGCUCUACGCAGCGCUAUCAGUCUUCUGCCAUAGAAAGAAAAAGACCGAAAAAUCUGCGGUGCAGCCGCAGAAUCAUUGCAAGAUGUGCGGGAGGAACUACAGGUGUGUAAAUUUGUAACCGAGUUAGGCUCGACUGCAAGCAUCCUGUGAACAUUCCAGAUAUUGAGUUGAUUAUUCAUAUGUAUUUCAGUG